UCCCUCGGAAACCCUAACUAGGGCUUUUCUUUUCCCAAGCCAAAUGACUUUCUACCUUUAACCCUCUGCAUACUAGGGUUUCCUCUCUCUCUCUCUCUCUCUCUCUCACCCACACACACACACACAUCAUGGCGGAACAGACAGAGAAGGCGUUCUUAAAGCAGCCGAAGGUUUUUCUAAGCUCGAAGAAAACAGGGAAGGGGAAGAGGCCUGGGAAGGGCGGAAACCGUUACUGGAAGAGCGUAGGAUUGGGAUUUAAGACGCCCAGGGACGCUAUCGAUGGGACAUAUAUUGAUAAGAAAUGUCCCUUUACUGGUACCGUUUCCAUCAGGGGCCGUAUCCUAGCUGGGACUUGCCAUAGCGCCAAGAUGAUGAGAACCAUCAUCGUUCGACGCAACUACCUUCACUAUGUGAAGAAAUAUCAGAGAUACGAAAAGCGGCACUCGAACAUUCCAGCGCAUGUAUCCCCAUGCUUCCGUGUGAAGGAGGGUGAUCAUGUUAUCAUUGGCCAGUGUAGGCCAUUGUCCAAGACGGUGAGGUUCAACGUGUUGAAAGUCAUUCCGGCAGGUUCUUCAGGUGGUGGCGGUAAGAAGGGUUUCGCACCAAUAUAAGGCUACUUUGAGUUUUAGUUCAGUUAGAUGCCAUGGACCUUUUCCUUGUUUGGAGUUGUAGGCCAAGCAUUUAGAAUCUUGGUCACUUGACUGCCCAUGAGAACUGUGGUGAUGUUAUCUUAUAUGCUUCUUUUUGAAACGACAGUUUUGUUUUAAUGAUUAUAUGAUGCUAGAGUUAUAGACCGCAAA